ACCUCAAAAAUCGAAAGAUCUGUCAAAAAUAUACUUGAAAUUGAAAUGUCAAAAAGCAUGCGUAUAAAAAAAAACGUCACAGAUAAUUAAUGUUUAUUAAUGUCAUAAACAUUUAAUACAAAAUUCUUGUUGAAUAUAUAUGUACGUGUUAGUGUUUUGUGUCAGUGUUUUCUGUAUAUAAGUCUCGAGGUCAAAAAGUUUGUUUUUAAAACGUAAAAAAUAUAUGAUGAAAAGUUUUCUCCAAAUAACGUUUGCAAUAAUAUUGAGAAAAUAAAAUUGUAGACAGAAAAAAAAGAAUAUGGUAUUCAUGGAUAUUUUUCGGAGUUUCUUUGGUUUGAAAAAACACGACGAUCAAAAUUUCAGACCCGAAGAUCCGAAUGAAAAUAAAUUCCGAAAACCAAUUUGGAUUAAUAAUGAUGAUGAUGAUGACGAUGAGUACAGUAGUGAUUUCAAUAGUCAUCAGAAUGGAGGAAAUGUUCAUGUCGAAAUAUUUGGCGAUCCAUUUGAUAUAAGUCAAUUUGAAUCUCAAAUAAAUAAUAUAAUGAAAAGUUUCUUUGGUGGAUUUUCAGGACAGAGGGGAGGAUUUUUUGAUCAAUUCAACGAUGAUUCAACUACAAUUUUCGCCUUACCCGAACCGCCAGGACACUCACAACGAUCGGGCAACAAUUUACGAGAUCAAAUUUUACAACGUGAAUUCGAUUCAAUUGAUAAUUCUCAAAAUCAAAUAAAAGCAGAUCAGGAUUUGGAUGGAAAAAUUAAUAAAGAAUCUCUUGUUAAAUUUUGGCAAGAUCCAUCUAGUCGACAAAUUGAAUCAAUAAUUCAGCCGGAAAGGAAAUCAUGCACUGGAUUUUUUUCUGGAUCAUUGUCAUCAACUCGAAUAAUAACAAGAGGCGACGGUACUGUUGAGAAACAUCAAACAUUUAAAGAUAAUGAAGGCAAUGAAAAAACUGUCGUUCGUCGACAAAUUGGCGAUAAAGUUCACGAACUUAUUAAAAAUCGUGAUAAAUCUGGAAUUGAAACAACAACCGAGAAUUUUAUCAAUAUGAACGAAAACGAAAUAAAAACAUUUAAUGAUAAUUGGAAAUCGGACAAUGAUCAAAAUUCACAAACUGACUUUGGUCCGAGAAAUUUAUUCCCCUGGCAUCAAUUUUUUGGCCCCGGUGCAAAAUUGUAGAUAAAAAAAAAAGAAAGAACCAUUUUUAUUUAUUCCUGAGCGAUUACGACGCUGCGCGACUUACCACGAACAAAAUUAAUAAUAAUUAUGUAUUUAUUAUUUUAUAAGGUGCUGCUGUCGUAAAAUUUUAUUUCUCUUCCAAGUGUUUUUUUUUCACCAACAAAUUAAAAAAAAAACAAACAAACAAAUAUACAUUUUUUUCCCCCGAAACAAAAUAAUAGUUUCAGUGCAAUUUUCUUUUAGUUUCUCAUUAAAACUAUAAUUGUAUAUAUAUGAUAUUUAAAUUAUAAAUUAUACGUGCAAGCUCACUGAAAAAGAAUUACAAUACUGAUAUUAAUUUAUAUUGAAUUUCACUUUAUUUUCUCGAUUUUAUUUUCUUUUUCUUAAGAUUUAAUUUUCCACUUUUGUUUUUUGAAAAAAUUCAAUAAAACUAAAUAUAAUUUUUUAUUAUU